AGUCGUAAACCCCCAGAUGCAGUAUUUAGCGAGCAUGCGCACGACAAUCUUCCUUUUUCCAGUGCAGCGGAGUCAAGCUUCAGUCUUUGGCUCCGGGCUCCUUCUUAAGGAGACUAAAAGACUGCAAAAUGGGUUUUGUUAAAGUGGUGAAGAACAAGGCCUACUUCAAGAGGUACCAGGUCAAAUUCAGGAGGAGGAGAGAGGGAAAGACUGACUUCUUUGCUCGUAAACGCCUGGUCGUACAAGACAAGAACAAGUACAACACACCCAAGUACCGUAUGAUUGUCCGCUUCUCCAACAGGGACAUCAUCUGCCAGAUUGCCUAUGCAAAGAUUGAGGGUGACAUGAUUGUGUGUGCCGCCUACUCACACGAGCUGCCCAAGUACGGAGUAACCGUGGGUCUGACGAACUACGCAGCAGCCUACUGCACUGGUCUGCUGUUGGCCCGCAGACUCCUGAACAAGUUCAGUCUGGAUAAGGUGUACGAGGGCCAGGUUGAGGUGACGGGAGAUGAAUUCAACGUGGAGAGCAUCGAUGGUCAGCCAGGUGCUUUCACCUGCUACCUGGAUGCGGGGCUAGCUAGAACCACCACAGGCAACAAGGUGUUUGGUGCUCUGAAGGGGGCAGUGGAUGGAGGCCUCUCCAUCCCUCACAGCACCAAACGCUUCCCUGGGUAUGAUACUGAGAGCAAGGAGUUCAACGCCGAGGUGCAUCGAAAACACAUCAUGGGCAUCAAUGUGUCUGAGUACAUGAGCUACUUGAUGGAGGAAGACGAGGACGCUUACAAAAAACAGUUCUCCCGCUUCAUUAAGAAUGGAGUGUCCCCAGAUUCGAUGGAGGAAAUGUACAAAAAGGCUCACGCUGCAAUUCGUUCUAACCCGGUUCACGAAAAGAAGCCCCCCAAAGAAGUCAAGAAGAAGAGGUGGAACCGUGCCAAGCUGUCUCUGGCUCAGAGGAAAGACCGAGUCGCCCAGAAGAAGGCCAGCUUCCUCCGUGCUCAGGAACAGGAGGAUGCAGAAUAAGGCGUCUGUCUGCUUUGGUUCAAAUGCAGAACUUUGUUCUAAUAAAUAUGGGAAAAGAA